AGUUGAGGUUGAGAUUCCAACUGUCGUACGUACGUCGUAUCGAGUUAGUUGAACAAAAUUUUUACUCAUGCUACAAAAAUGGUAUCAUCGUGUACAUAUUGUGGUUCAAAACAAGGGAUCGAGGGUAGAACACAUCAUAAGUUUCCUCUGAAAGAUAAGGAAAUAUUGCAGUUAUGGUUGCAGAACAUGAAUCUCGGAUCAAAGUUUGUACCAAAGAAUCAUUCUUUAUUAUGUUCAGACCACUUUGAAAAAAAAUGUUUUCAAGAAGGAACAAAUAAGAAAUGUUUACGCAUUGGUAGUAUUCCAACAUUAUUUGGAGAAUACAAAUCAGUUUGCGUUUAUUGUCAUGCAGUAAAAGGUCAUGAUAAAAAAAGAUCAUUCCGCAAAUUUCCCUUACAUAAUUCUGAAUUAUUGGAGAAAUGGGUAGCAGCAAUGAAGUUAAAAGAUUUUAUUCCAAAUGAAAAAAGUUUGCUGUGUAGUGACCAUUUUGAUGAAAAAUGUUUGCGAUCCUCAGGUCGUGGUUUAAUUCUAAAAGCAAAUGCAGUGCCAAAUUUGUUCUCGUCUUUGGAUGGUGAAGUUUGUGAAAAUCUGCUUCUUAUAUAAUUGUACAUACUUAACAUUGGAAUUUAUAUUUUAUGUAUUACUUACAUUAUAUAUA